AUGCAGCCUGGUUCCUCGCCACCGUUUCCCCCGUCAGCAUCAUCGUCGCCAGACACGAAGCCUAAUAAUGAAGAUGGAGACAAUGGUCUAUUGGCGGCAUCUUAUGCUCCGACUCAUGGCCUGCUCCCACCCCCAGCCUUGCCAUCCGUGACGCAAUUCACAGUGUCACAGAUUACUGCAGCCUCUCUAAAUGAGCUAAAUGCUUCUCUUAAUUCGCACCGACCUGGGCAGGCAGACACUUCCGAUACGCCGCCAAACCUGCGGAGUGUUGUCUCUACUGCGCCAAACUCUCCGAGAAUUUACCCAAAAAGACAGAAUUCGGCCGGUACGACACCGCGAGUUCGAGCCCAUGCGACGUCUCUUAAUGUACCGGGCAUGACCCGGUCGCGAGCCUCCCCGGAUGGUAGGAUCCCGGAUCGCGACGUUGCCGCCAAGAUGGUCAUCAUCAUGGUCGGUCUCCCAGCCCGAGGCAAAUCAUAUAUUACCAAGAAGCUUCAGCGCUAUCUGUCCUGGAUGCAGCACAAUUCGCGCAUCUUCAACGUCGGGAACAGGCGGCGCAUUGCUGCAGGAGUUUUGCCAUCCAAUCCCACGGCGUCCCAUGCCUCCGUCAACAACAUGGACCCCCCUUCGGCCGCUGCUUCGAUCCUGCUAAAUGGCCGCCCCGCCGCGCAGGCCGCCGAGCCCACUUCCCUGGACCUCAAUGACGGCAAGGAGCCGAAAGAAGCGGCUAUGGAUCAGUCCGCCCAGUUUUUCGACCCGAACAACGAACAGGCAUCCAAACUCCGGGAGCAGGUUGCCCUGGAGACCUUGGACGAGCUUCUCGAUUACCUCCUGCUGGGGAAGGGUUCCGUGGGCAUCCUCGACGCGACCAACAGUACCAUCCAUAGGCGCCAGCUCCUAGUUGAUCGUGUGAGAGCAAGGGAUGAGCGGCUUGGUAUCCUCUUCAUCGAGAGCAUCUGCCGCGAUAAGAACCUCCUCGAGGCAAACAUGAGACUCAAGCUUUCCGGGCCUGAUUACAAGGAUAAGGACCCUGUACAGUCCCUGGCGGAUUUCAAGAAGAGAGUCGCAGCUUAUGAGAGCGCCUAUGAGCCCCUUGGCGAAUAUGAGGAGGCUCACGACAUACCUUACAUCCAGUUGAUCGAUGUCGGAAGGAAAGUGAUCCAGCACCGACUGCGCGGGUUCUUGAGCGGAGGCAUCAGCUCGUAUCUCACGACGUUUAACCUCGCACCGAGGCAGAUCUGGCUCACGCGUCACGGGCAGAGCGUCGACAACCGUCUUGGGAAACUCGGGGGCGACUCGGACCUGACGCAACAAGGACGGCAGUACGGUCAGGUGCUGUACAAGUUCAUCACGCAGAAGCGCAAGGAGUGGCUCAUCGAACAGAAGGACAAGGUCGCGCAGUCCUCGUUCCCGCCCCAGCCUGGCGAUCACACGCCGCCGUACCCCGAAUUGUUCCAGGAACUGGACGAGAAGAAUUUCUGCGUGUGGACUUCGAUGCUGAAACGGAGCGUGCAGACGGCAGAUGCGUUCGAGGAGGACGACGAGAACUACGACGUGAAGAACUGGGAGAUGCUCAACGAGCUGAAUGCGGGCUUGUUCGAGGGUAUGACGUACGAGCAGAUCGCCCGCGACUACCCCAGCGAAUACGAGAAGCGGACCAAGGACAAGCUCCACUACGUAUAUCCCGGGGUAGGCGGCGAAGGGUACCUGCAAGUGAUCGCGCGCCUGCGCGACAUGGUCCGCGAGAUCGAGCGUCUCACGGAUCACAUCCUCAUCAUCGGGCACCGGUCGGUGUGCCGGGUCCUCAUGGCGUACUUUAUGGAUCUUCAGAGGGAAGACAUUGCGGACCUCGACGUGCCGCUAGGCAUGCUGUACGCGAUCGAGCCCAAGCCAUACGGCUAUGAUUUCCACGCGUACCGAUACAACGAGGAGCGGCAGACUUUUGACGAGUUGCCCAACUACAAGCCCCGGAGAACCGUUGACCGGAGUGCUUGA